CGAGCUCCGCCGACGGCCGAGAGUCCGGAACCGAGGAGGGCCGAAGCGGCCCGAAGUGCGGAGCCGAGUCUGCCCGAACUGGUCCGAGGCUGUACGAGGGCUUCCGAACGGCUCUGCGCUAACCCCUCCUCAGCGCCUGGGAGGCCGCGCCACCCUUCGUCCCCCGCAACAGGGUCGCCGACUGUGGGGCAGAAUCUCGCCGGCCUCCGACGCAGCGCGGCCGGGCCAGGAGAACCUUUCGUCGCAGGCUCCGCCCACCCCCGCCUCGAGCGGGAGCCGAGUCCGUCCGAGGUGAAGCCGAACAGAGCCGAGCGUUGCCGAGCGCCGCUACUCGGAGCCUCGGCUCUCCGCCUCCGCCUGUACGAAAGUGCCCGAGCGCUGCCGGACGGGUUGAUCGGGCCUCGGCCGCGGAUCGGAAUCAACUCCCGAAGCGCGGCGAGGUCGGGCCCCUUCGGGAGCAGAAGCGAAAAUGGCCGAAGGGAUGCGAAGAGCGCGGAGCCGAGAGACUGCCGGGAUCGCGGCGGACUGGGCGGGCGGGGCCGGGCGGCAAGAUGGCGGCCGCGCGGCGAGGGAGAGCUUCAUCCGCGGUGGUAUCCUGCUGUGCCCACGUGUCCCUGGUGGGCCUCCACAGCACGGUUCCUGAGGGCUGGUUUGCCGGACUCUUGAAGUCAGCUCCGAGUUUCUGCUUUCUGCCCCCACCUUUUCUAUAAGUUCUGAGUAGAAAUUCCACGUUUCAGUGGGAGGGACGGUCACUGACAGAUGCAGAGAGUUCUAGGACUUCCUCCAGUGGAGUGUGCUGGCUCCAUCACCCUCCUUCUAGGCCCUGCAGCUUGAGUGGGUGGCUGCCUGCCUCCCCCAGGCCCAUCUGCAGCAGAAGAGCAAAGACCCCUCGGUCUGAACACUUACAGAGUCCUUUUAUGCAAGCAAACAGGAAGUGUACAGAGCUCGGGAAAGUUAGUGGACAUGUAACUGCCCCCCCCCCCAAGAGAAUACGUUUUCUUUGAAGGAAAUGAAAAUAAUUCAUUAUUUUCAAUCUCAUAACCUGGGCCCGGAUCAGGGUGGUGCCCGCAAGGAAGCCCGGCCAUCCUGCCCGCAGUUACCAGGGACACGCCCAGCCCUCUGGUUCCAGGAUAGGACAUCUGUGACAGGGGAGGAGUGUGGGCGGAAGCCUCCGCAGGCAGGGAGCCGGUGGCCGGGUCUCCAUGGCCACCCGCAGGUGCCUACACUGGGCCUGCCUGUGUCGGGCCCCUGGGAAGACGGGGCAGAGCUGGCCCCCUGGGGUGGACGCACUGCGAGGCUCUCUGGGUCUGCCUGGGACUGGGAGUCCUUAACCGAGUCCUUAACCACUGGCCAGCUCUCGUCCGUCUCCCUGCAAGUGCUGCUCUACCUGAGUGGGGGGUAUUAUGCCCUGUAUUGCCUGGCUACGCUCCUACUGAUCAUAUAUAAAAGUCAGGUUUUCAGUUAUCCUUGUCCUUACCUGGCUCUCGACCUGACUCUGCUGUUUCUGAUGGGGAUUCUGGAAGCAGUUCGGUUGUACCUGGGCACCAAGGGCAACCUGAUGGAGGCCGAGGUGCCGCUGGCCGUCAGCCUGGUCCUUACAGCGGGUGGCGCCCUGCUGUCCACCUACUUCCUGCUCUGGCAGACCCUGGUGCUGCGGGCCGACUCCACCCUCAGCGCCGCGCUCCUCGCGCUCCACGGCCUGGAGGCCGUCCUGCAGCUGGUGGCCAUCGCUGCCUUCGUCAGCUAGGCGGGCAGCACCCGGCUUUGCCGGGCAGGACAGCUCUGCACAGAAGCCCCCGCCUGGGAGCUCGGCCGUCUCCUCCCCCAGUGCUGGACGGAAGGGCACCGGUGUGGACGGGUAGGACGGUUUGGAGUGGUUUACGAAUUUUGGGUGGUGGGGUGGUCAGGAACCCAGGGCAGAGCAGAGAGCCGGGGGAGUUGCCGGGAAGAGCCUCACGAAGGGUCGGGAAGGGGGACCGCGGGAACAUCUGCUCAGGCCCCGCUUUUGGCUGGUGAGGAUCUCCCUCCGGCAGCUGCCCUGACCCCCGACCCAGAAGGGAACAGGCCCUUGGGAAAGGAGGUGGCCGAGCUGUGGCCACAAACCACCGUUCCCUGCCGGGAGGAGCAGCCUGGCCGUGUCUUGCCGGUUCCCCCGUGGGUGUGAGGGCGCAGGCCGGGGCGGUGCGUGUUCCAUACCCACCGCGCUGCUGCUCUGCCGGGGGCUCCAGGGGCAGCAUGGGAAGCGGGCAGCCAGGCCCCGGGCUGCUUAGGAACCGUGGGCCCUGGUGUCCGGGGGGAUGUUGGCAGCUGCGGCUCCUCUCCCCUGGGGGCUCCUGAAGGAAGGACGGGCCGAGACCCUGGCACUGACGGGAGGGAGGCAGGGAGUGGGCCAGCGGCGAACGGCCCUCCACUGCCCCAGCCUGGGGCCUCAGUGCCCCCUCGUCCAAGCCUCAGUCGUUAAAAUGCCAGGGACGUUUGCACUGUGCUCCUCGCAUUCUGUUUGUGCCUUCUUCCCCCUUCGCGGAUCGUAAUGGCUCCCGGAAGACACUGAGCUCCUGCUCCCCGGGACCUUCACCUGUUCACGCUGUGCACCGUCCACAUCUGGAACAAAACGUUGGGUAUCUGGACGUUUUCUCUACCGUUUUGUGGAAAUAAAUGUUUAUACCUCCCUGAA